UCCAUCCUUUUCUCGCGAGAGUUCCGUCUGGUUCCCCCCUCAGUCAGCCGAGGCUGCUGUCACUCCGGUUUAGGGCUGCCUUGUGUCAACACCUCCCUCCCUUUCCUCCUCGGAAAAAGCCCUUUUUCUCUCUCCCUCAAUCGACGAGGCCCGCAAUGUCCGGGCAGCAGCAGCAACAGCAGCAGCAGCAGCAGCCGCUACCGGCGACGACGACAGCGGUGGCGGCUCCUCCUCAAGCGUCCCCCUCCCCGGCCGCGCUCCUGCUUCACCCUCCGCCGCCUCCUCCUCCUCCUCCCCCUCCGCCGGCCUCCGCCGCCCCUCCGCCGCCUCCUCCUCCUCCGCCAGCCGUAGUGGCAGCAGCGGCGGCGGCGGCGGCGGCAACAACAGCAACCGCCUCUUCUUCCUCCUCCUCCGGGUCUGGGCCGAUGCCUGGCGGAAGCAGCAGCAGCAGCAGCAGCGCCCCGUCUCCCUUCCCUCACAGCGGCGGCGGAGACCCGGCCCUGAACGAGCAAGAGAAGGAGCUCAAGCGCCGCCUGAAGCGCCUCUACCCGGCGGUGGACGAGCAGGAGACGCCGCUGCCUCGCUCCUGGAGCCCCAAGGACAAGUUCAGCUACAUCGGCCUCUCGCAGAACAACCUCCGCGUCCACUACAAAGGCCAUGGAAAAACUCCUAAAGAUGCUGCUUCUGUUCGAGCCACACAUCCCAUACCUGCUGCUUGUGGAAUAUACUAUUUUGAAGUUAAAAUUGUCAGUAAAGGAAGAGAUGGUUAUAUGGGAAUUGGGCUCUCUGCUCAAGGUGUGAACAUGAACAGAUUACCAGGUUGGGAUAAACAUUCAUAUGGUUACCAUGGAGAUGAUGGACACUCAUUUUGUUCUUCUGGAACUGGACAGCCAUAUGGCCCAACCUUUACAACUGGUGAUGUCAUUGGUUGCUGUGUAAAUCUUAUCAACAAUACCUGCUUCUACACAAAGAAUGGACAUAGUUUGGGUAUUGCUUUCACAGAUUUGCCGCCAAACCUGUAUCCUACAGUUGGACUUCAAACACCAGGAGAAGUGGUGGAUGCUAAUUUUGGGCAGCAUCCAUUUGUGUUUGAUAUUGAAGACUAUAUGCGAGAAUGGCGAACAAAAAUUCAAGCUCAGAUUGAUAGAUUCCCAAUAGGAGACCGGGAAGGGGAAUGGCAGACAAUGAUUCAAAAGAUGGUUUCUUCUUACUUGGUACAUCAUGGAUAUUGUGCAACGGCAGAGGCCUUUGCCAGAUCUACUGAUCAGACUGUCCUAGAAGAAUUAGCUUCCAUUAAAAAUAGACAAAGAAUUCAGAAACUGGUUUUAGCAGGAAGAAUGGGAGAAGCCAUUGAAACAACACAACAACUGUAUCCAAGUCUAUUAGAAAGAAAUCCUAAUCUUCUAUUUGCUUUGAAGGUACGCCAAUUCAUAGAAAUGGUCAAUGGUACAGACAGUGAAGUGCGAUGUCUAGGAGGUCACAGUCCAAAAUCUCAAGAUAGUUAUCCUGUUAGUCCUCGAUCAUUCAGUAGUCCCAGUAUGAGCCCCAGUCAUGGAAUGAAUAUUCACAGUCUAGCAACAAGCAAAGGAAGUAGCACGCAUUGUUCUGGUUUUGAAAGUAGUUGCAGUAAUGGAGUGAUAUCAAACAAAGUACAUCAGUCCUACUGUCACAGUAAACAUCAGUCUACCAGUCUGAAUGUACCAGAACUCAAUAAUAUAAAUGUAACACGAUCACAGCAGGUUAAUAGCUAUUCCAGCAAUGAUGUAGACAUGGAAACAGAUCACUACUCCAAUGGGGUUGCAGAGACGUCAUCCAAUGGCUUCCUAAAUGGUAGUUCUAAACAUGAUCACGAAAUGGAAGAAUGUGACACAGAAAUGGAAAAUAUAAUUAAGGCUGCAGAAUUGGCAAAGAAAAAGAGAAAAAUACAAGACAAGGAUGGUGAAAGGGAGGACUCCCGCUUGCCUUCCAAAAAAAAAGAGAAGAAAGAAAGAAAUGACAAACGGAGGAAGGUUGAUUCCAGUCAGUUGAGACGCCAACUGUGUGGAGGCAGCCAAGCAGCAAUUGAAAGAAUGAUUCACUUUGGCAGAGAAUUGCAAGCCAUGAGUGAACAGCUAAGAAGAGAGUGUGGCAAAAACACAGCAAAUAAGAAGAUGCUCAAAGAUGCAUUUAGUUUACUGGCAUAUUCGGAUCCCUGGAGCAGUCCAGUGGGAAACCAGCUGGAUCCCAUUCAGAGAGAGCCUGUCUGUUCUGUUCUCAACAGUGCAAUACUAGAGACACACAAUCUACCAAAGCAGCCUCCACUUGCACUUGCAAUGGGACAAGCUUCACAAUGUCUAGGAUUGAUGGCCCGAUCAGGAAUUGGAUCCUGUGCUUUUGCCACAGUGGAAGAUUAUCUACAUUAGCUAUGCAUAUGAAGAUGAUGUCUGAGGUGUGUGAUGUGGCAUAUAUUCAACAUGAAAGUAGACCAGCUCUGCCAACUGGGAGUUUGGAUUUUAAAAUUAUGUACUAAGGACAGGUCUGUUGCUUUACAUUGCUUCCUAGUUUACAGCAUGAUGCAAAUGAUUUUCUAAACUACUGUUAGGAGAAAUUUUCCAUCUUUAACGAAAGUAAAAUAUCAUCAGUAACAUCAGAUCAACAAAUCCUUGAAUCGUUCCAAACAAACCAAAAAGGCCCUACUUCCUGAAACAUAGGGUCAAAUAGAUAAUGUUGUGGAUGUGUUAGUAUGUGGGUGAUGUAAACUUCAAGCAGGAUAAUUUGCCAACUUCCACCCCCAUUAUUACAUAGAUCAAUCAGUGUAAUUUGCAAAAUGCAUAAGUACCUGACAGUUUGGCUGUAUAGUAUUGAUGGGAAGAAAUAUUUUUAAUGUGUACUGUAAAACUUGAAAUACUCAGGAGCUGAGUGAAUAUGUUUGUUGCUACUUAAAAUCUCAACCUGUUUCCUAGUGGUUUUUGUUUUAACAUGGUCUUUUCAACUCUGUUUCCUGUUUAAUUGCAGACAACUUAUGUUGUAGACUCACCUGUUUAACUGUUGUAUUAUAACAGUAUUACAUGUCAACACAGUGUGGUUAUGGCCUAUUUAUAUAAAAACCAAAUAUUUAGUCAAUUUCAGUCUUAAUUUAAUCUUUGUACACCCUGCAUUUUUAAAAGUGCUUAAAUGAGUACUCUAUUGCAAUAAAAUGUAGUGAUAUCAUCAUUAACCAGCCAUUAAAUACUUCUACUUAUGGGA